AUGUCUUCACCUUCCGCGGCAACGACUCCGCUCAAGCGGGGCUCGUCUACUGAAGAUGAGAAAUCAAGCAUCAAGCGGCAGAAGAUGAAUAGCGACGCGCCGAAAAGCCCCUCUGCUGCCGACGAUGAAGAUCCAAGCCUACCUGGCGCGACCAAAGUCACCAUUCCAUCUCUGGAUUAUCAAGCCAAAAGUGGUCUCGAAAGAAGUAUAGGACUGGCACUGCAGCAAGUCGGCUUUGAUUCCGCUACCCCGGAAGCAAUGCAAGGCUUCUUGGGGGCCGUAGAGACCUACAUGGCCUCCAUGAUCGCCGAUGCCAAACGUAUCGCUCUAGCAGCACGACGGGAGCAGCCGACGCCAGCGGACUUCGAGUCCACGAUGCGACGCUACACUCUGAAGACGAAGGCGCUGCGGCCUCACGUCCGUCAUCCCGUACCAAAGGCGAAGCUAGACGUGGAAUAUUUCAAUCCUUUGGUCGAUGACCCAGAUGCGUACACAACAUUACCACUCCUCGGUGAGGAGCUGAGCGGCAAGCCCGAGAAGGAAGCCAAGCCGUACAUACCAAAAUCCUUCCCCGACUUUCCCAGCAAACAUACCUACAAAUACACACCCAAGGAAGAUGACAACGGUCGUGACCCCCAGAAAACGAGGGAAGAGGCUGCCAAGGCCUCGAAGCAAGGAGAGGAGGCCCUACGAGGCCUGGUUCGGGCGGCAAAGGUCCGAAAGCAGAAGGAAAUCAGAUCCCUGUCGGAGCGCGAUCCUAUGACCAAGGAGCGCUAUUCGCUAUGGGCGGCCGCUAUGGAAGGUUUCGUCAAAAAGGAAGGCGGCGCUACCGGCCAACAACUCGAGAUUGCCGACCAUAGCAUGAUUGUCAACUCGGACGCCCGGCAUUUGCGCAGGGAAGUGCAGCGACAGAGCAAACGAGCCGCCGGGCAAAGCUAG